AUGUACUUUUAUCUGCAAGAUGCUGGCGACAGUGCUGAUGUUGAUGACAACGAUGACGACAACGACGACGACGACGACGACGACGCCUUUAACAAUGAUGGCGGUGGCAUUGGUGAAGGCAAUGGCGAUGGAUCAAAGGACAGCUUAUCGGAAAACAAAAAAAACUACUUUAUCUUUUAA